GCGUGAGCGUGCUGACGUCAGGGGCCGGCCGGCGGGUCCUGGACGAGGCUUUCCGAGAGACCGGGCCCGGUCCCAGGAGCAGGAGGAGGAGGAGGAGGAGGAGAGGGAGAGAGAGAGAGGGAGAUUGGCGAGAAAAUGAAGAUCUGGACCUCAGAGCAUGUGUUCAACCACCCUUGGGAAACAGUUUUCAAAGCUGCCAUGCAGAAGUAUCCCAAUCCCAUGAACCCAUGUGUUGUAGGAGUGGAUGUAUUAGAUCGACGUAUUGAUGACCAAGGCAAGUUACAUAGUCAGAGGCUGCUCAGUACGGAAUGGGGUCUACCAUCUGUUGUUAAAUCACUCAUUGGUGCAUCAAGGACACGGACAUAUGUACAGGAACACUCCGUUGUGGACCCUGUGAAACGGACUAUGGAGUUAAAAUCUGCGAAUAUAACAUUAACAAAUCUAGUAUCAGUGGAUGAACGAUUGGAGUAUAAACCUCACCCGCAGGAUCCGGAAAAAACUAUCCUUACCCAAGAAGCUAUUAUCAGUGUGAAAGGGGUCAGUCUCAGCAGCUAUAUGGAAGGAAUAAUGGCAAACACGAUCUCUGCUAAUGCAAAUAAAGGACGAGAAGCAAUGGAGUGGGUAAUCCGCAGGUUAAAUGCUGAAAUUGAAGAGUUGGCUGCAUCUGCAAGAGGAAGUAUCAAAAUGCCAAUGGCUGCGACAUCAGUAGAGUAAUGGAGAGUUGUUGAGAAAUAUGUUGCUGGCCUCUGAGCUACUCAGCCAAUUCCUUCCCACUGUGCAUUUCAUUUCCCUAGUUCACCAGGGCUUCAGGUUGAAGCAGCAUAAACCUACUUGAUUCUUGCUCUGUUUCAGUGGCACACCAUGUACAGCUGUCGACUGAUUGUGGUUGUGCACCUGCUAUGCAGUGCAGAGGCUUUCCUGAAGGGGUGUUUGGUUUGUUUUGAUGAAUAUAUUAGAAUAGAUGCACAGAGGGAAGUAUUGGCUUCAAUAUUUAUUACUAGGUAUAUUAUAAUGUUGACAGAAUUGAAAGAUGGCAAAGUUGGUGAUGGAGGAGCUUGUGAUCUCCAGUUUGGCAGCCCAUGUACUUGCAGAGUUUAAAAAUGAAAGUAUUUGUGCUGUUUACUUGAGUUGAUCAUAAAGCAGUACCCUCCCUGGUGGAUCACUAAACAAAGAUCCUGUCUGUUAACUGCUCUGAGAACUUGAGAAAAGUCGUUGCUUUAACCUCCUGUGACAAACAGCAAAUAUUGCAGCAUGCAUAAUUUAAAUUUCAGUAUUAAAAUUAGGAAGUUAAACUUGUAGAACUAUUAUCCAGUUCUCAGUCAUGUACAGCAAUAUUCUUAAAUAAAUGGGCCUUUAUCAUUGUGAGAGAUAAUAUUGUACAGAAUUUAAGGAGCUAAAACAUUUAGAUUUGAAGUCUUCAGGUUAAUAACAAGUCUGCAGCAGAAAACCAAUUGUAUAGCCAUCAUCCUAAAAAAAAUGUUGAAAUUGUGCAUUUUGUAUGAAUGUUCCUGUGAAUUUCUGGGUGACCAAAUUUUGGUAAUCUAUUUGUUUCAUUAACAUUUACAAUUUAACCCAGUGUGAAUUGUCCAACAAAGUUGCCAAGGAUUUUCUAUGUUGUGUCAACAUUCCGAAAGCACUGAAGCAUAACUGAAAGUUUUCUGAAUGUUGUGGAACUUAGAUCAGGUGCUUUUUUAAAAGAGCAGCCAUAAGAUUGUUCUGCCUUAAUUAUUUUUAAUCGUCACAGGACUGUCCUCUGAUCUAACAGUAAAUUAGCACAAGAAAAUGCGGUUCGCCUCACCUCAGUUUAUUAAUUUCUGGAGUUAUCAAAUUUUCACUGAAGCUUUGUGAUCAUCCUUGCAUAUCAUGGCUACCUUAGUAACUAGACGUGGGGCUCUGUCUUCUGACCCUAAGACCCAGUGUUGGUUUUGGCUACUGAUCUUAUACCCAGGAUGCUACUGUAGCCACUUGUUGACCAUAGGGAAUCAAUACUUUAGUAGCUCCACACUAACGUCUCACGGUUAAACAUAGCAUUACCAAAUGAGAAUUCUUAUGCUAUGUUUUCUGUAGAGAAGAAUCUUUGUUGUGGUAAGAGACACUUGACAAAUUCUGGAGCUAGGCUCGCCCUCUGUGGUCUCUUUUAUUCUUAAGUUGCUUUAAAGGUUUUCAAAGCACUUAAGAGUGUACAGAAUUUGAAUUUCAUUGUAUUUUGCAGGGUUCUAGUUCCAAAGGUUUCCAGUUCUGAAUGUAAAGUGUUUACUGUAACUUGCAGAGUUGUUGAUUGAAGUGUCAGUUUGCCAUCAACCCUGCCUCAGGAUCAGAAGGCAGCUGAUACAAGCCACACUAAAACAUUGACAAUACAAUAGUGACACAGCACAUAGUAAUGCUAUUCUUCAUAUGAAACUUUAUCAAGUUAAGCGAUCAUAAAAGACCCUGAGUCAGUAUUUGACAAAAGGGGAUUUCCUACUGCUUUGGCUAACAUUCCUCCUUCAGUGCCAUCAAAGGUGUAUUAACUGAUCACUUUUUACUAGUUGUGGGACCUCGCUGUGUUUGAAAUACUGUAUGUUACUCUAUACAAGUCACUCAAUGGUAUUUAGUUAAAGAUGAGCUUAAGAAGUGAGUGCUUCAUUAAUUUAUUAGACUUUGACCGUAACUUUCGCUACAGUUUGGAAUUGAGAAUCAUAUUUGAGCUGGCAUACUUGAAAGCUGCUUAUCUCCGAGCUCUCUUUCUGUACCACUUUUUUUGUUUUUAUUGGGAGACUUGAGAGCUUUUGUCUCCUGAAGUGAUGCUGCUGAGCUAUUCCCUGUUAUGGGCACUGAUUUUACAGAGUACCAGCUAUGUGCAGCAGGGUUUUGGUUUGCUCUCAGGGAAGGUUUUGUGCUCUGCCUUCAUUAUACUGAGAGGGAGGGCAAAUGCAGAGCUUGUGUCUCCUGUGCAGAAGUUUGCUUCAGUGGCAAGUACCAAUUACCAAUGCCUUCAUUCACCUGUGCCUUCUGACCCAGGACACAAUGAAAAUCUGAUGCAGAGACUUGUGGGUACUCCUGAUCUUCACUAUUUUCCAUAAAGCAUCACAUACAACAUUUCUUGUAAUAAAAAAACUCCUCUUUGUUCCAAACAUCACAUUUUAAUUUAAGCAAUCCUGUUAGCAAUACUUAAUAUACGUAUCUCUCAGUUCACCUUGGAGUUUUGCCAUUGUCGAACAUACAGAUAAUUUGUGCCACUUAAACGUGAAUAGGAAUGAAAUUUUAAUAAAUUGGGUUUCUCCAUUAAUAUAUUGGAAAAUGUCACUGCAUAUAAUGAGUUUGCUGUUAAGGCUUAGUUUGUAUAACUGUACAACAAGGAGUUGAGCUUGAAGUAGAUAAAUACAUAGGGGAAGGUAUACUCAAUGUUUCAGGUCGAUUAACUUUUCAUCAGAACAACUUCUGACAAAGGUCAAGAGACUGAUGUAUUAAUGCUACCUUCCUCUUACCACCUAAGCUGAGUGUUUGCAGCAUAUUUUAUACAGGACUUCAGAUAUUCAGCUUCUGUGGUUUUCUGUUGUAUGGUAAGUAGCUCCAUGUCGAAGAGUUCACACGAGUACAGUUUUUUUGUGGGAUAGUUUUUUUGAUUCUCUGGGAAUACGAAGUUUGAUGCCCUUCUGGAGAAGUAGGUGAUAUGGGUGGUUCAUCCCCAUAAACUUUAUAUGGGGUUUAGUCUGGUUUACUGCCUGAUAUCUACAAGCUCAAAAGACCGCUCUUUUAAAAGUGGAGUCCAAAAGGAAGCAGGUUUGAUUAGGCAGCGUAAUCCAUACUGUUUUGAGAGUUUAAAGGGACAGUUCUACAUAGAAUUCUGUUGUAUGUUAAUUGGACUCGGAGGGCUGUUCUGUGUUCCACCUUUACACCUACUUUUAUGAUACAAUGGAUGAUCCUUCCUGGACCAAACUGUAUCUACUUUUAUUUCUUUUGCUACAUAAAAUGUCCCAAGGUAUGGAAGGUUUUACAGCUACAGAAAUACAAACAUUUUUUAUAUGCUGCUAGUAACAUUUAUUAUUUAAUGUUUUGCUAGAUGAAGGUUUUGUUUAACUUAAUGUGACCAACAAGAAGAAUGAAACAUUGCAUUAGGCUAAUUCAAUUCAAACACAACAGUGUUACAUUUUUUAAAAUGACUUUCCUGUGUAAGAUCUCUGCUACUUUGCAGUUCCAUAACAUUUUUGUAUGGAAUAGUAUUUAUUUUAAUAGCACUGAAUUGUACUUCAAGCUCCAGCCAAGUUGUUAACAUUUUUAACAACAGACAAUAAAAUUUAGUGUUUUUAAAGUA